AUGACACUCGGUACUGCAAAAACUUUAGCUGCAAAGAGAAUAACGACAAAGAAAGCAUCUAUCCACCUGCAGUGGGCCCCAGGACACAACGACGUCAAGGGCAAUGAAAAAGCCGACACGCUAGCAAAGGAAGCAGCUAAAGAGAGACCAACAACAUCGACCAUAGCGAGCCUAGCCUACUUAGGCACAGAAAUCAACAAAAUACAAAAAACAGAACAACUGAUGGAGUACAAGAGGUAUACCGACAGGCCCACCAAAAACAGAAGCUCCUACUUAAGGAUCUUCAAGCUCAACACACAUACAACAAUCAAAGUCCCGAAGGGAACACCAAGAGAAAUCUCGAGCGCGUUCUACUCACUCAAGCUAGGACAUGGAUACUUCAACUCCUACUUUAAGAGAUUCAACAAGAGAGACUGCAAUCUAUGUAUAUGCUACAAACCACAAACACCACAGCAUCUACUUCUAGAUUGUGUGAACGGUCUGUAG